AUGGCUUCCAAGGUUGUGAGGUGGAUUGCUCUAUGCUUCUUCCUGGCUUCCAUACUCUGUGUUAAUGGCGAGACGUUUACCACGUCUAAUCCGUAUGAUUCUGCUGGUCGUAAUUACAACAUUGAUGGCCUAUUUUGUGCUACAUUUGACUCUAAGCAGCCCCUAGAGUGGCGCAAGGAAUACCUUUGGGCUGCCUAUUGUGACCAAGCCGGCAAGCCCAUGGGAUCUUCCAUCUGCGGCACCUGCAUCCAAGUGAAAAAUGAUUUGACCAGUGAAAAUGUGACCGUACGAAUUCUGGACCAGUGCCAAAAUGGAGGAUUGGUGUUAGAAACAGAUGCUUUUAAUGCCAUUGAUGGAGAUGGACAAGGAAAGAAUAAUGGUUAUCUGCUUACUACCUACAAGUUCGUGGACUGUUAG